UAAAAAUGCCCUAUGCUGAGAUCACCGUAAAUUUGGGCAAAGUGACUUUGGGAGAAGAAAACAGGAAGAAGAUGACCAAUGGUUGCUUGAAAAGACAUGAGAACUCGAGUAUCAUCCAGGCUGUCUGUGCACUGCUGAAUUCUGGAGGAGGUGUGGUCAAAGCAGAGAUUGUUGAUGAAAACUAUAGUUACCGAUGCCACGGGCUGGGGCAGGAUUUGGAAACUUCUUUUCAGAAGCUUCUUCCAUCAGGUUCACAGAAGCAUCUUGACUGUAUGCAACAGAACCACAACCUCAUGAUUUUUGUGAAGUCAUGGAGCCCAGAUGCCUCCAGCCUUCCGCUGAAGAUUUGCAGUUUACGCUCCAACUUAUACCAGAGAGAUGUGACCUCUGCCAUCAACCUGAGUGCCAGCAGUGCCCUGGAACUUCUCAAAGACAAAGAGUCUAGAGCCCAAAGAGGUGUCCCCAGGGUGCAUUCUCAGGAAUGCCUCCUCAACAGAUCCACCCAGGAAGAAGACGACAUUGAGGUGUGUGCUUCAGAAUUUUUUAAAAAAGAUAAACUCAAUUAUAAGGAGAAGCUGAACUUCACAGAGUCAACACAUGUGGAGUUUAAAAGGUUCACCACCAAGAAGAUUGUUCCUCGGAUUAAAGAGACGCUGGCUCAUUACGUUUCUGCAUUUGCCAACACUCAGGGGGGAUACAUAAUUAUUGGGGUUGAUGAUAAGAGCAAAGAAGUUUUUGGAUGUAAGAAAGAAAAAAUGAACCCGGAAUCACUAAUAACAGAAAUAAAAAACUGCAUAGAAAAGUUGCCAACAUACCAUUUCUGUCGUGAAAAGCCCAAGGUGAAUUUCACAACCAAAAUUUUGAAGGUUUAUCAAAAAGAGGCCCUAUACGGUUAUGUCUGCGUGGUUCGAGUGGAACCCUUCUGUUGUGUCGUGUUUGCAGGAGACCCGGAUUCCUGGAUCAUGAAGGACAACAAUGUCAAAAGACUGGUGGCUCAACAAUGGGUGGACAUGAUGCUGGGUGUUCAGCCAGAUCCUUCCAGCUUGCCCACCACCGAUUACAUGGCUCAUCCGAUUUCAUCAGCUUCACCUGCUCCAAGAAGGCCAGCAUACCUCACAAAAGCCCUGGGAUAUAAGAAGAUUCUGCAGCACAGUUUGUUUCCAGUGACACAGGCAAGCCUGCAAUUUCAGCCAGAAUCCCUCUGUAAGAAGCUGUUCUCAGAUCACAACGGACUGGAGGACUUACUGAAGGCGCAGAUACAUCCUUGUUCUCAUGGGAUUGUGAUAGUUUCUAGAAGCUGGGCUGGUGAUAUUGGUUUAAGGAAAGAGCAGAAGGUCCUGUGUGACGCUCUCCUGGUAGCAGUCAACAGCCCUCUGGUACUCUAUACGAUCUUAACAGACCAAAGCUGGAAGGGAGGAUCUGACUAUACGCACAACACUGCCCUUCAGUUAAAGCAGCAGCUACAAACUCUUGGCGGCUACUCAGGCAAAGUGUGCAUCAUUCCAAGGCAGAUACACCUGACCGGCAGAGGGCCCAGACCUGAUCAGUCCCCUGUGUGCUAUCCCCGAUCCUACACAUUGUCUAGUAAAACGGAAGUGGAAGGCGUGCUGCAAGCCCUUGUGGGGGUCUCACUGUGCUCCAGGUCAGUGCUGAGUGACCAACUGGGCUGUGAGUUUUUCAAGCUUCGUGUAGAAGAGCAAUGCAACUCACUCUCCGAGAGUCUCCAAGAAACCCGGGAAUUGUUCAUCCAUUGCUUUCCCGGAACCAGAAAGACAGCUCUAGCCAUGAAGAUCACGGAGAAAAUCAAGGAUGUGUUCCACUGCAAACCAAAAGAGAUCCUCUAUGUUUGUGGAAAUGACUCCCUCAGGGAUUUUGUGAUCCAACAAGUCACCUGCCAAGUUGUGACCCACAGGACCUUCAUGAGAGAAGAGUUCCCAAAGAUUAGACACAUAGUGAUGGAUGAGACUGAGGAUUUCUGUAGGAGAUAUGGUGACUGGUACAUAAAGGCUAAGAGCAUCACCCAUCCAGCACUCAAGGGGGCUGCAAGUGAAAACCUUCACCAUGGGAUCCUCUGGCUUUUUCUGGAUCCUUUCCAAACCCGUCAUGCAGAUGUUAGUGGCCUUCCUGCCCCUUCUGCUCAGUUUCCUCGAAAAGUGAUCACCAAGAUCCACUGUGCUGUGGAAAUUGCAAACUUUAUGAAAGAAGAAAUGAAGAGGAUCCAAGAAAGCCCACCCCCCAACAUAUCUCCAGACAUGCUGGCAAUGUUCCAGGAGGCUCCCUAUGAGGAAGCAAUGUGUGCCCAGGCUCUGCCUGGUGUGUGUGAGAUCAAGGCUAACCUGACACUAGAACAAAUAGCCAACUAUGUUGCAGAAAAAUGUCACAGCCUGUUCCAUGAUGGCUAUCUGCCCAAAGACAUUGCAAUUCUGUACAGAAGGGAAGACAGAGGACAGUAUAAGGAUGUGUUGCUCAGAGCAAUGACCCAGGGAACAACAGAGGUUGCAUUCAGCAGCGCUGCGGAUGUUUGUAGCGAUGGCAUCGUUUUAGACAGUGUUCAGCAGUUUUCAGGCAUGGUAAGGAAUAUUGUGUUUGGGCUUAGUCCUGAAUGCAUGCAGUCAGAGGGGGCUCAUAAACUCUGCUUUGCCUCAAGAGCCAUUAAACAUCUCUACUUGCUGUAUGGAGGGAGGACAGCCUCCUGAUGACUAUUGUAAAUAACACAGGAAGCCAAACAAGAGCAAUCUCUCCUCCCAGAUGGUUGGUAGCUACUUCCUCUCUAAUACUACCAGUGAAGCCACGAAGGCACAUUGUUACAGCCUGGAGCCACAGCAAUGUGUUUUUGGGGGGGAGGAUGGGUCACUCUACUAGUGGUGGCUGUGCCCUUUGCUCAGUCCACUUCUUUUUCCUGGACAGUGACAAUAUAAGUAUGAUUAGUUCUCUGCCUCCACUUUUCCUAACUCAAUCCACCUUUUAUUCUGUUAUCCACAGACCCUAAAAUAGAAAGCAGAUUUUAUGAAAUUCUCUGUUCCAGGGAGUCCCCGAAGCCUGUGGAUGGAGUCAGUUUCCAAGGCUUUUAUGGUUCUUGCUUCCUCUACUGACCCCGUCCUGGAUCAUGCCUCCAUCUCCCAAUGUUUCUAAUGCACUCCAGGCUUGUAGUGAUGGUGGGAUUUCUUUUAGACCAAUUUCUUGCACCGGGUGUCUUGAGGGCAGCACCUAGACUAGCAUCUCAGGCUGUCUAUGGGGCUCAAGCUUCACAGAUCCAAGCUUGAUUUCCUGUUUUCACAGUCUAGAUUAGUCUCUUGAGGUUGACUUUCUGCCAACCAAGAUCACAAAAGACAAACACAAGAAUGAAAAAGCCACUCCGUUAGUUUAGAGUGUGAACUAUAUUAACCAGUGGGCUAGAGGUGUUUUGCUAAUUUGUACAUUCAUCAAGAACACAGGAAGCCAAAUGAUGUGAGAAGAGCUCUAUAGUAAGAAUAGAGCAGCGGGGCAGUGGUGGCACACACCUUUAAUCCCAGCACUUGGGAAGCAGAGGCAGGUGGAUCUCUGUGAGUUGGUGGCCCGCUUGGUUUAUAGAGAGUUCCAGGACAGGCUUCAAAAAAUGGGAAAUGGCAGCUAUGUUCUCUCUCUCUCUCUCUCUCUCUCUGUCUGUCUUUCCCUCUCCUCUUUUCUUUCCCUUAAUCUGGUAGAUAAUGCAAUUAGUGUAAUAAACUAACAGAGAUAAAGAGUUGCUUGUUGUGUGAAGCUGCUAAAACAUUGUUAAGGAGGACAACAGAAUAUAUCAGCUUGAGAAAAGGAAAAAGAAGAAUAAAAAGCUUCUAAACAUC